CGCGAUAAUUUAUUGUUUUUGGUGACGACAUGGGAUUGAUUAUUGUGCAGCAUUUGAUAGAGAAGUGUUUGAUCUUCCACAUGACAAAAGAGGAGUGCAUGGAAGCUCUCUCCAAGCAUGCAAACAUAGAGCCAGUCAUAACUGCAACUGUAUGGAAAGAGUUAGAGAAAGAAAAUAGGGAGUUCUUUGCAGCAUAUGCUCAAUCUCAAACCAAACCGGACCGAAUGUCGCAAGCAGAGACAAGUGCAAUGAUCGAGAAAAUGAUCUCACAUCGCGACAAGUAAUUAAUAACCGGACUUGAUGAGCGUCUUUGCAUUUGUAUAUAGGCUUUGUUGGGUAAGAAUAAAGUUGUCAAGAAAAAGUUAAGUUUGGGAAUAAUAUAAUAAUGAAUCUAAGUGAAGGGUGAGAUAUAUUAGAGAUUAUCUUGAUGGAAUUUUUGAGUUCUAAAAUGUUACUACAAAAAUUGGCACUCGUAGUUUAGUGUGUUGGAAAUAAACACUACGGAGUAUUUGUUUCUCCGUACAUUCAUUCCGUCUUCCCCAACAUCCAAAUUCAAGCAAUUAUAGUUUAUAAGUACAAUGGUCCCAUCAUGCUUCAUGGAUGUUAU